AUACCCGUAUGUAUAAUUGAUGUAUUAUACUACGUAUUAUACGUAUUAUACCUCACGUAUUAAACGUCUAAUUAUACGUAUGUUUUAUACAUAGGUACAAAAUCUGUUUUCUGAUAACAGUUACUAUCAUUUUAUUACCCCAAUUCAUAAUAUGGUACAUUUUUGAUAGUCAUUGCACGUUGGCUACACUGUAUUUAGUAUAUCCACAGAUAAUAUCCAUAGAGAUAGAUAAACAAUGUUUUUUAUCUAUCUUGAAUGAUAGAAUGAUUAUGCAAUGAACGUCAUUACUAUAUCAUAUCACAAUAAUUCAUACUUCAAUACUUCAUAGUUAAUUAAGUAUUUAAGUCAUUCAGUAAGUAGUAAGUACGCCUAAGUAAUAAAUGUAAAAUUGUGAUAAUUUGUAUAAUUUUAACAUUGAUACUAUCACUAUGUCGGUUUUUGGAGGACGUCCACAUCAUAAUAUUUGGAGUCUGGGAUUUCGAAGAAUCCCAGAUGAAAAAAUUGGUAAUAAGUUCAAUGCUCUUUGCUUGAUUUGCCAAAAAGUCUUAAAAAACACAAGUGCAGAGAGAUUAAAAUCUCACAGAAAUAUGUGUUUAUAUUGUGAUGGUUCAAAUAAAACUAAGAGUUCUUCCUUGACAAGUUCAGAAAGUAGUAUAACACACUUAAAGGCAGAUAGAAACGAAAGAAAAAAAAUUAAGGGAAACUCAUUUGAUUCUCAAGAAUUUGAAGACGAUCCAGACAAUUGUUUGGAACCAAACAUUAAUACUUCUAAUAGAACAUUUGGUUUGGCAGUAGAACCCUCAAAAAAUUUAGAACAUGAUCCAUCUCAAAAAUAUGACAGUACUAUAUCUAUAUGUUCUAGUGAUGACUUUUCCAUUUUGCCCUCAGAGUUAAACUUAAAUACACCUCAGUCAUAUGUCUUGGUUGAAAAUGAUGAAAUUCAAUCUAGUCAAUCUACAGAUUUGGGCUUUGAAAAAAGUUCAUCCAGCUCAAGUAAUAAAAUAUGCAACAUUACAAAAACUAAAAAUACAGGACUUGGACCACUUAAACAAUUUUGUGAUCAAAUUACACCAGCUCAAAUUGAUAUCUGCAAUAUCAUGUUAGCCAAACUGUUUUUUGGUUGUAAUAUACCGUUUAGUGUAGUGGAUUCCAUGCAUUUUAAAAAUUUUUGUAAAGCCCUUCGCCCAUCAUACAAACCUCCAUCAAGAAAAGUAUUAUCAGGAAGAUUAUUGAACGAUGUGCAUUCAAAAUUAUGUGAAAACAAAAAAUUCAGACUUUCUUCUGCAUUACUUAUUGAUGGAUGGAAAAAUGAAAAUGCAAAUACAAAAAAUGUAGCCUGCAUGCUCCAUGCAGCUACAGGUGAAACUUUAUUUUUAGAAUCAUUUGAUUUUACUGGAAUAAGUGAAACCGGAACUGAACUUGCCAAAAUUGUGGAAGUAUGUGUAACUUUGGCAAAAGAAAAAUAUAAUACAGAAAUAUAUGCAGUCAUUACAGACAACGCAGCCAACAUGAUGAAAAUGGGACGUUUAGCUAGUAUAUGGCAUUUAACUUGUAAUUCGCAUACAGGGAACUUGUUAGCAAAAGAUCUUGUUGCAUCUCGUAUAAGUAGUCAAGUAAAACAGGUACUCAAAGAAUUUCAUGGACCAGAUUUAGAAAAAGAGUUGGUUAAAAAUGGUGGUUUUCGUAUCCAGUUACCAUGUGAUACACGAUGGUGUUCAUAUCGUGAUAGUUUUGUUAACUUGCAGAAAAAUUUACCAGCUAUGAAAAAAAUUUUGGUUGAUGGAGACUACAAAAUUGACAAUUCUAUUAAACAACUGUUAAUUGAUGAAAUUUUUAUUAAAAAUGUUUCAGAUUCAGUUAUACUUUUUGAUCCAAUAUGCCAGUUAAUCAAUAAAUGUCAAUCUUCAACAACUAAUAUUGCAGAUGCAGCUGAGUUAUGGCUUACAUUAACAUUACCAGAUGAUUUUAAAAAUAAUAAAACUUUCUCAAAUAGCUUAAAUAAAAGAAAGGAUAAUGCAUUAUCUGAAUUUUCAUUGACUGCUAAUUUUUUGCAUCCUAUUUAUCAAGGACUAAAAUUUAGUCAAGACAGCAACAAUAAAUCGCAUGUUGAUAUUGUAGAACAUUUUUUAUUGUCUACAUUAAGUGAUGAAGGAUUGAAUAGCUUACAUGAGUAUAAAUUAAAGUCUGGUAUUUUUGGAAUUCUUUUUGAGAAACAACAGUUAACUCCUGGUGCAUUUUGGUCUCUAGCUAAAAACAAACAUCAAGAUUUAUCAAACAUGGCAGAAAAACUUUUGAAUCUUCCAGCAUCCACAGCACAAUUAGAAAGAAUAUUUUCUAAUUGGUCAUAUGUCCACAAUCCCUUACGAAACAGACUAGAAGGAGAAAGGUCAAAGAAGCUUUUAGGUGUUUACUAUGCACUUAAAAUUGAAGAAAAGCAUAUAAACUCUACCAAAGAUUAUUAAUAUUUAAUAAUAAGAAAAAUACCUUAAUUAUUUGAUUUUAAUUUUGAAUACUUAAUAUAAUAUAUAAAUAAAUAAAUGUAUAAUGUAUUAAUAAGAACCUACCUAUGUUAAAUAAUAAAUUGUAUCUUAAAAGUUAAAAGUCAAAAUUACUAACAAACAUAUAAUGAAAGAACAUGUAUAACAAUUAACAAUAAACAUAUUUUCUCAAGUUA